AGGAAAGAGAGGGAGAGAGAGAGAGAGAGAGAGCGAGCGCGCGCGUGUGUGUGUGUGGAAAAAGGAAGCGGAGCCUGUAAACGGUGAACUCGCUGGUUUCCUACCCCUCGAAACAACUAUCAGCGCCGUGUUACUUUUCAUGUGGACACUAUCUUCGACAACAACACGGCCGAAGGGAAUAGGAGCAGUUUCGAGGGGGGGCCAGCUAACGUUAUAGUGCCUUUGCUCGGCGAUUUCGGACGCGAACAGUAAAUCAGUAAAGUGAAACCGUCUUUUGUUGAAGCAAGUGCUCGCCUGAGCCCCUCCGUGCGAGCAGCGGGUUUAAAAGGAGAAGAAGAAAAAACCGGGGGGAUAAAAAAAAAAAGUGUCCGUGUUCGACUCGUUUUGUCCCGGUUCUUGGAUUUGGCCCAGCUGGCUUUAGUUCGGUGGGUCAUCUCGGGCAAGGAUCGCGUUUUGAACUUGUUUGCAGCAGUCUCUGGGACUCCAAGAAUCACCAGACUGGCGGCUUUUCUGAAACACUGGGGUUGUUGGUGUGGCCAAAUUUUCCCUGGAUUUGACUGGUAAAUUCAGAAGACUGAAGCCCAGGCUCACAGUCUACCUUUCACGGAGGCCCAGCCGUGAGAGGACUGAGGAAGGCACGUGGCGGAUCAUGACGGCCGACAAAGAGAAGGAGAGGGAGAAAGAGCGGGACAGGGACAGAGACAGGGACAGGGACAAGAGAGAGUCUGGUAAGUCCCGCCGACAGGACGGGGACCGAGGCGACCGUGAGAGCGAGAGCUCCAGGCCCCGACGCAGCUGUACGCUGGAGGGCGGGGCAAAGAACUAUGCAGAGAGCGAACACAGCGAGGAUGAGGACAACGAAAAUGGCAGCACGGGUGGAGGAAACGGCACGGCCGAGGAUGCUGGUAAGAAGGGCAAGAAAAAGACUCCUAAGAAGAAGUCACGCUACGAGCGCACAGAGAACGGAGAAAUCACGUCCUUCAUCACAGAAGACGAUGUUGUUUACAGACCCGGAGAUUGUGUGUACAUUGAAAGUCGGCGGCCCAACACUCCCUACUUCAUUUGUAGCAUUCAGGAUUUCAAGCUGAGUAAACGGGACCAUCUGCUGAUGAAUGUGAAAUGGUACUACCGCCAGUCAGAGGUGCCCGACUCUGUCUACCAGCACCUGGUGCAGGAUCGCAACAAUGAGAACGACUCAGGCCGGGAGCUGGUCAUCACAGACCCAGUGGUCAGGAGUCGAGAACUCUUCAUCUCUGACUAUGUGGACACUUAUCAUGCUGCUGCUCUCAGGGGGAAAUGCAACAUUUCCCAUUUCUCCGACAUUUUUGCUGCCAGGGAGUUCAAAGCCCGCAUCGACUCCUUUUUUUAUAUCCUCGGAUAUAACCCAGAGACCAGGCGACUAAACAGCACACAAGGAGAAAUCCGAGUGGGACCCAGUCACCAAGCCAAGCUCCCUGAGCUGCAGCCUUUCCCCUCUCCUGGUGGCCACGCCGUGACCGAGAACGAGGAGCUGGUCUGGAUGCCAGGGGUCAAUGACUGUGAUCUUCUCAUGUACCUCAGAGCCGCAAGGAGCAUGGCUGCCUUUGCAGGGAUGUGCGACGGAGGCUCAACAGAAGACGGGUGUUUAGCAGCCUCUCGAGACGACACUACAUUAAACGCACUUAACACUCUUCACGAGAGCAGCUACGAUGCAGGAAAAGCUCUCCAGCGUCUGGUGAAGAAGCCUGUACCUAAACUGAUAGAGAAGUGCUGGUCUGAGGAUGAAGUGAAGCGCUUCAUUAAAGGGUUGAGACAGUUCGGCAAAAACUUCUUCAGGAUCCGGAAAGAGCUGCUGCCCAACAAAGAAACGGUAAUACCAUUUAAUUCUCUCUAUACUGUUGAACUUUUUCACUGUGUGUGUGUGUGUCAUUUGUUUUAUAGCACUGAAACGUAUAUAAAAACGAGCUACAUGUGGUUUGCUCCCUCCAAGGACUGGCACCACGGGGGCCGGGAGAACAUCUUGCUGUGCACAGACUGCCGCAUUCACUUCAAGAAGUACGGUGAACUGCCCCCCAUCGAAAAGCCAGUGGACCCGCCGCCAUUUAUGUUCAAACCUGUCAAAGAGGAAGAGGAUGGACUCAGCGGGAAGCAUAGCAUGAGGACCCGACGGAACAGAGGCUCGAUGUCGACGCUACGUAGUGGUCGUAAGAAGCAGACAGCCAGUCCUGAUGGCAGAGCCUCACCUACCAACGAGGAUUUGCGCUCCAGCGGACGUACCUCUCCCAGUGCGGCAAGCACUGACAGCACUGACAGUAAGAUAGACUCCAUGAAGAAGCCCAGCAAGAAGAUUAAAGAGGAGGCUCCUUCACCUAUGAAGAGCGCCAAACGGCUGCGAGAAAAGGGAGCCUCAGACACAGAGGAGCCCGAGAGGGCCAGCGUCAAGAAGUCCAAGACACAAGAGCUGAGUCGGCCAGACUCACCCUCAGAAUGCGAGGGAGAAGGGGAGGGUGAGGGCGAGAGUUCUGAUGGGCGCAGCAUCAACGAGGAGCUCAGUAGCGAUCCUAAAGACAUUGACCAGGACAACCGGAGCUCCUCCCCGAGCAUCCCCAGCCCCCGUGACAAUGAGAGCGACUCAGACUCGUCUGCCCAGCAGCAGCAGCUCCUGCAGAGCCAGCACCCUGCUGUCAUCCAGUGUCAGCCAGGCACCUCAGCUGCCUCCUCGGCACCGCCUCCGCCUACAACCUCAGCCCCCUCACUGCCCCCACAGGUCUCCCCCACAGCGGCCUCCACCUCUCUACCUCCCCAGCCUCUGCCCCAGCCAAGCCCCAUGUCUCUUAUCCAGUCAGGAGCAUCCCUCCACCCUCAAAGGCUCCCUUCUCCACAUUCACCUUUGUCUCAGGCUCCACCUCCUGGUCCCCCAGUCCCACCUCCAUCAUUACCCAGCUCGCAUCACGGGCCUAUGCCUCAUCCGCUGCAGCCGGGCCCCUCACACAUGCCUCACCCUCACUCCAUGCCCCCUCAGGGCUUCCCUGUGGGUCAGUCUCAGGUCCCGCCCAUGCCAAUCUCUGGCCAAUCACAGCAGAGGCCGCAUUCGCCUCCCUCCCAGUCCCAGUCAUCAGCUCAGAGUGGAGGCCAGCCUCCCAGAGAGCAGCCACUGCCCCCUGCCCCAAUGUCCAUGCCUCACAUCAAGCCCCCACCAACCACACCCAUCCCUCAGAUCCCCAACCCACAGUCUCACAAACACACGCCCCACGCGUCAGCGCCUCCAUUCCCUCAGAUGCCUUCGAACCUGCCUCCACCUCCUGCCCUCAAACCCCUCAGCUCUUUACCCACCCACCAUCCUCCAUCAGCACACCCACCUCCACUACAGCUCAUGCCUCAGGGGCAGCAGCUUCAGCCGCCUCCAGCCCAGCCUCCAGUUCUCACUCAGUCCCAGAGCCUGCCCCCAUCAGCAAGCCACCAACCUCCUCAAGCUCCUCCUGUGCCGCCCUCCGCAGCAGCAGCAGCAGCAGCCUCACACCCCAACGGACCACCACAGCCGCCAUUCACGUCGCAUCCUUUCAAUACAGUUCUACCUCCAACCGGCCCUUCUCCUUCUUCAUCAAACUCUAUGCCUGGUAUACAGCCUUCAUCUUCCUCCGCUCCACCCUCCUCUAUCUCCAUGCCACUGCCUGCCUCAGUCACUUGUGCCGGCCAGGGCCCGGUACUACCAACUGUACACAUCAAAGAGGAGCCUCUAGACGAGUUAGAAGAGCCAGAGAGCCCCCCACCCCCACAGAGAAGCCCCUCCCCAGAGCCUACCAUCGUCAAUGUGCCCAGCCAUGCCAGCCAGUCAGCACGGUUCUACAAGCACCUGGACCGGGGUUACAACUCGUGUGCUAGGACAGAUUACUACUUCACUCCGCUGGCUUCAUCUAAACUGGCCAAGAAGCGAGAGGAAGCUCUGGAGAAAGCCAAGAGGGAAGCAGAGCAGAAAGUAAGGGACGAGAAGGACAGAGAGAGGGAGAGGGAAAAAGAGCGAGAAAGAGAGCGGGAACGAGAAAAGGAAGCAGACCGGGCUGCGAAAGCCUCCAAUUCCUGUCACGAGGUCAGGAUGAGUGAUCCUCAGAUGAUCGGCCCCAUUCACAUGCGUCAACAGUACGAUGGCCCCCCCACUUCGAUCGCAGCUGUUCCUCCGUACAUCGGCCCUGACACUCCUGCCCUGCGCACCCUCAGCGAGUACGCCCGACCCCACGUCAUGUCCCCCAGCAAUCGAAACCACCCCUUCUUUGUGUCCCUCAACCCAGCAGAUCCGCUGCUGGCCUAUCACAUGCCCGGCUUGUACAACGCUGACCCGGGCAUGCGGGAGCGUGAGCUACGGGAGAGGGAGAUGCGUGAGAGGGAGAUUCGUGAGAGGGAGCUGAGGGAAAGGAUGAAACCAGGUUUUGAGGUUAAGCCUCCAGAGAUGGACACACUUCACCCUUCCACAAACCCCAUGGAGCACUUUGCCCGGCAUGGAGCCAUCACGUUGCCCCCCAUGGCCGGACCUCACCAUUUCGCCGCUUUCCAUCCGGGCCUGAACCCAUUAGAGCGUGAGCGGCUGGCCCUCGCAGGGCCCCAGCUGCGAUCAGAAAUGAGCUACCCAGAGAGGUUGGCUGCAGAGAGACUCCAUGCUGAGAGGAUGGCCACAGUGGCCAAUGACCCUAUCGCCCGUCUACAGAUGUUCAACGUCACGCCACACCACCACCAGCACUCGCAUAUUCACUCCCAUCUCCACCUCCACCAGCAAGAUCCUCUUCACCAAGGUGGGGAAUGUCUUGUGUGUCCUCCAGGCUCCGGGGGCCAUCCCCUGAUGGAUCCCCUGGGAGGAGGACCUCACCUGGCUCGCUUCCCUUACCCGCCCGGCGCGAUCCCCAACGCUCUCCUCGGGCAGCCGCAUGAACACGAGAUGCUGCGCCACCCAGUCUUCGGUACUCCAUACCCCCGGGAGCUACAAGGAGGUCUGCCACCGCAGAUGUCCGCAGCCCACCAGCUGCAGGCAAUGCAUGCCCAGUCCGCUGAGCUCCAGAGGCUGGCCAUGGAGCAGCAGUGGCUACAUGGACACCAUCACAUGCAUGGAGGUCCGCUGCCUGGUCAGGAAGACUACUACAGCCGGCUGAAGAAGGAGAGUGACAAGCAGCUGUAACCAGCCAAGGGAGGCAGCGACUGACAGGUGCAGGACACGGGAAGUUGUUACAGAGUUGUUCAUUCAGUUUUGAAGAACGGAAAAGGCCAAGUGGAUCGUCUGAGAAUUCUUCUGAUAUUUGCUUUUUCUUCCUGUCAAGGACCUUUUUUUUAUUAUUAUUAUUUUUCAAGACAUUGACUUUCUUUGGUAUAUAGCCAAUAGUGACAACGUCAUCGAGACUCCUGCAUGACAAGCUUUUCUGACAUUUUUUUUGUAGGUGCUAGAACAAGACACUGUGCUUAUCAACAAAAAAAAAAAAAAGACAAGACCGGUCAGGCCGUUUAUGGAAAAAUAACAA